CUGCCUGCGCGCGCGCCGCGGGCGGGCCAGUGAAGCCGCCGGCCCUGGCACGUGAUCCGGGACCGGCUCGGUCGCUUGGUGGCUCCGUCUGUCUGUCCGUCCGCGGGUGCCAUCAUGGCGGACGCGGCCAGUCAGGUGCUCCUGGGCUCCGGUCUCACCAUUCUGUCCCAGCCGCUCAUGUACGUGAAGGUGCUCAUCCAGGUCGGAUAUGAACCUCUUCCUCCAACAAUAGGACGAAAUAUUUUUGGCCGGCAAGUAUGUCAGCUUCCCGGUCUCUUCUGUUAUGCUCAGCAUAUUGCCAGCAUCGAUGGGAAGCGUGGGUUGUUCACAGGCUUAACUCCAAGAUUGUGUUCAGGAGUCCUUGGGACUGUGGUCCAUGGUAAAGUUUUACAGCACUACCAGGAGAGUGACAAGGUUGAGGAAUUAGGACCUGGAAAUAUACAGAAAGAAGUCUCAUCUUCCUUCGACCGAGUUAUCAAGGAGACAACACGAGAGAUGAUGGCUCGUUCUGCUGCUACCCUCAUCACACAUCCCUUCCACGUGAUCACUCUGAGAUCUAUGGUACAAUUCAUUGGCAGAGAGUCCAAGUACUGUGGACUUUCUGACUCCAUAGUAACCAUAUAUCGGGAAGAGGGCAUACUUGGAUUUUUUGCGGGUCUUAUUCCUCGCCUCCUAGGUGACAUCAUUUCUUUGUGGCUCUGUAACUCACUGGCCUACCUCGUUAAUACCUAUGCACUGGACAGUGGGGUUUCUACCAUGAGUGAAAUGAAGAGUUACUCCCAAGCUGUCACAGGAUUCUUUGCCAGUAUGUUGACCUAUCCCUUUGUGCUUGUCUCUAAUCUUAUGGCUGUCAACAACUGUGGGCUUGCUGGUGGAUGCCCUCCUUACUCCCCAGUAUAUACUUCCUGGAUAGAUUGCUGGUGCAUGCUGCAAAAAGAGGGAAAUAUGAGCCGAGGAAAUAGCUUGUUUUUCCGGAAGGUCCCCUUUGGGAAGACUUAUUGUUGUGACCUGAGAAUGUUAAUUUGAAGAUGUGGGGCAGGGACAGUGACAUUUCUAUAGUCCCAGUGCACAGAAUUAUGGGAGAGAAUGUUGAUUUCUAUAUAGUGUGGCGCGCUUUUUUAAUAAUCAUUUAAUCUUGGGAAAAAUGGAGGUAUUUGGUGUCUGCCUUUUUUGUUCUUUUUCCCAGCACAACAUAAUUUACCACUGAUAUUCCCCCUUUAGUUAUUCUGAAAUGGGACAGUUUUGCUCCAGACUCUAUUUACUUAAACAGAAGAAACAAGUUUCAUUUUCCUAAGGUGGUCAUGUGAUUUGAGUCUUAAUUUAAGGCUUUGUAAAAUGAAGAGUACAGUCCCAAGAAGAAACAGAAAUAAUUCUGUAAAAUUUAAGAAAAUUAGUAAGGCAAGCUACAUGGGAGGUCAUAAAUGACCUCUUUUUAGAAGACCUUAAAAAUCCAGCACAUCCACCAGAAUCUGCCUCCCAUUAUAUAUUUCUAAGCACAUUGGAUUAAACCCAUCUCUCAUAUUUCAUAAAAAGGACACCACAUUGCUAUAAUAAAUUCCCUUAGAGAAUCUCUAGGAGGCUUCAGUCUAUUACUGCAAAGUAAUAAAUUAUUGCCAACAACAGAAAAAAGGACAAUUAUAGAGAAUAAGCAAGGUUUGGAAAGGAAGCAUAAUGGCUUUCUUUUCGAAAAGACAUUCUUGUCAUUUAAAAUACGAAAAGCAAAUACUACAGCAGUGGUCUUUUUCUAAAAGCUAAGUCUGUGCCAGUCCCUGAAUGAAAUCAGUUCUAACUGUAUAUACUCUUUUGUUCUUCAAGUUUUAUUUUGUUUCCUUUUGUUGUUGCAGAAGGUGAGUAGUUUGUUUUUCAUUCCUUAUGACACCUUUGGAAAGUGUACUUGUAACUUCAUAUCUGGUGAUACAGACUUAAGUCCGCAGAGUUCUUAGGAUAUUGAGCACCUCGCAUGUCAUACCCUCAGUUAGGCAUGUUAACAACAUUUAUAGAGGAAAAAAAUCACUUUAAAAGGAAAUGAAUUUCAACUCAAGUAUAAAGCUCAUGUGUACUCAGACCUUUUAAAAGCAGGUUAAAAUCCUCUAAAUGAAAAAGCAUAUGGUUUCACAUAUUUAAAUAAUCCACUGAGAUGUUGCCAAAUGAGUAAGCACUUAAUUUGCUGCUUCUCAGACUUUUCUUUCAAAGCAGCAGUGCUCGUAAUAUUAGAGUGAGCAUGCAGAGGUCUCCUCCCUCCCCCAGGGGUUAGGAAUACAGCCUGAAGCUCAUGAGUAGCUUACCUUGAAAUGUCUUUGUCUCUUACUUUGUCUCAAAAAGUAAUGUAAAUUUUAUAUUCUACUCAAUAUUAUCUGCACUGGUUUUAAUAUAAAAUGUUUUGCAUUAUCCACGGUUUUCCCCAAAAAUCUUCAAGUAAAGAUGAUGUAGGAAAAUGUGCCAUGUUUAUUAUCCUGUGGCUUCUGUGCUCCAACCACCUGCCUCUACCUGGUUGAAAGCUUGUUUGACUGUGAGAACCAGUCUACCACCAGAGGGCGCCAAGGCUUUGGUUUUACCUCUGCAAGUUGGGCUGCUGAAAAAUUUCACCAAGGCGGGCGAUUGUUCAAGUACUAGUUCAGUUAGUCGAUCUAACUGCAUCCAAGCUGUAGAACCAAUAAGGAUACUAUACCUGUGAUCCUCCAUAAAGUUUUAUAAGCUAUUAACAUAGUCAAACGCGUGAAGUUGGUUCAGGGGCUAGUAAAUUCAGAUAGAUGUUCUUAAGAUACAUAUGCAAGAAAUAAUGAACUGACUCAUGUAAAUAAUAGAACCCGAUAGGGAUUAUCUAGUAAGCUGCAUCUGUGAAACGGGGCAAGUGGUUUGCCUUGGCAUUGCUGAGCUAAAUGCGAGGAAAUAUGCCUCUUAGGGAGUGUGAUGGUCCAUGAAACCUUGAUUGAAGAAAACUGUGGGGUUUCCUGGAAUUUUGGGGGUGAUGGUAAAAAUACCAGAGUAUAAAAACAACCUUAGGAUGAAAUAUGGCCCUGCAUCCCAUCUUCUUACUCUUAACCUAAACAUACCUUGUCUUUGUUAUAAUCUCCUACUCUAGAAAUGUCCUCCUUUCCCUCUCCCCAUUGAAAUUUCGCCUAUAAAGUCAGAUUCAGUUCUAAUGCCAUCUCUUUGCGAAGUCUCAUAGUCCUCCCAACCGAUGAGGUCUUUACCUUCAAUCUACCCUCCCCCAAAUCUCAGAGUGCAAAGGAAACUGACAAAAUGGAAACUACAUCAAACACCAAGUUUAAGGCUUACAGUAGUGGCAAUUAUUUCUCUUAGAUUUGAAAACUGGAAAAAAAUUAUAGUCAGCCCUUUAAAAUAGGCCAACUAAAACACUGAACUUCAUAGCAAAGCUAGGUGGUCAAGCAGCAGUGCAUGCAGUUGUUCGGGCUAAAGUGCUGUGGCAGGUAAGGGAGCAAGAAGAAAGCACGAACAUUUGGAAGUGAUGACCGCCAAGAGACGAAAUCUUGAAAGGCCCAUUUUGCCUUGGUCUCAUAAGUGGAUUCCUACGCAGUCCAGGCCCAAAUCUCCUGUCCGGGACUAAUUAGACUUUAUACGAAAACAACAAUUAUUCCAACUUACUGCAAGCUUGAAAAAAGAAUGUUUUCAGAUAGAUUCAGAUGAGGGCCACACUCCAAAAUAUGGUUGGAGUACAGUGCUUUCGAGAGCAUCAAGGAAUGGCAGGAGAGAAACAGCAGUGUGACCUGAGGGUGCUAUUCACGACUCACCAACUUCCUGAGAGGGAGAAGAGCAAAUGAGAGAACCUUGCCCCCUCUCAAAGUCUCCAAGAUGACAAUGGGUGAGAGGAAGUUUUCUAGCACCAACUUCUGUAGCCAGAAUGGACUAUUCUCUGGUAAUGCCACGUUUCUGGAAAAUCUAUUAUGUAUUGCAGCUUAUUUUCACACAGACUAGCAUGAAGAGCCAGAGGUUAAAUAAGGACAAGAAACAGAAUUGUACCUACUCGCUUUCUAUCCAGUCUGGCACUCUGUCCUCCUGGCCUCAAAGAGACUGGUAAGAAUGUCCUUUGGCUGGAAACAAAAGAGGGUGAAAAUGAAAACAACAAAGUGGCAUCUCGCUUCACACUGCCCACCUCCCCCUGGAAUUCAGUAUCUCAUGUCCCUGAGUGGCUCGCAUUUAGAGUUUACAAAUGCAGCCCUCAGUUAUUAAGCACGUAGCCUGUGCAGAGUCUGGUGGGGGCCCAGGAGGAGCCAAAGGCCUGCAGUAAAUCUCUGCCCAGGGCGAAUGUGUGCACUGAGGGCAGGAUGCAGUGUGACAAGACCAGAAACUCGGAAUAUUGGGAGGGUUAAAUGGUACCACAUGCAGAAUAGCAAAGCCUGGUGCACUGAGAGGACGGACACUGAAUCCCUUAAACACUUGCCGUGGUGACUGUCGUACAAGGCAGUGUAUGCCAGGAGGUGUUGAAACCACGCAUCCCUGAAUCCACAGGGGAAGCUCACAUACACUUGGGAGAACUCGGGGAGACUUCACGAAGGAGCAGCAUUUGAGUAGGUUUUUAAGGAUAGUGAGGGUCCUGGGAGGCAGGAUGUGGGUGGGAGCGAUUUCCAACUGUCCCUUAGAGGCCUUGCAACCUUGGACAAAUGAUGUGAUCGUUCUGAGCCUCGGGCUCCUCAUCUCGCUGGAGUAUUAAAUUUAGUACAGUGUCUGACAGUAACUACUUGGUAUGUGGAAGCUGUUAUUUAUGAAUUAGAAGGGGAGGGGUGGCUGGUUAGCUCAGUUGGUUAGAGUGUGGUGCUUAUAACACCAAGGUUGCCGGUUCCAUCCCCACAUGGGCCAUUGUGAGCUGUGCCCUCCUGAAAAAAAGGGGAGAGGAUAUUUCUAGAUAACGUGGGCAAAGCCAUGGAGCUAGUAAAGGCUAAAGACUUGAGAGCAAGUGGAACCGGAUCUCCAGUGGUCCUAACCUCUCUUCAGAGCUGUAUUUGAAGCUCAUUAGAAUAAUGAGCACUCAGGGCAGUAACUACCACACAGCGCUCAGUAAAUGCUCGUGAAAUGGGAUCCUGAAAUGGGAUUGCAUCUCAGCCGCUCUCCCCAAGCCUGCAGUAGCACUUGCAUUCUCAGACUACUAAACACUUCAUUAUCACUCUGGUUCCCAGCUGAAAACCCUGAAGAUGACAGCGGCCUCCCUACCCCUCUACUUCUAAGAAGGCACUGCUAGGUUCUCAGAAAUGCCUCCUGAAUUGGUCAUCUCCCCUCCCUCUCCUCCACCUUGGUGUUGGUGGAUCACCUCCACCCAGCCGUUGCAGCAGCCUUUUAUCUUGUCUUCCUGCCAUCGGCGCAGGACAGUAGGCAGUAGAUAAGCUGGAGCUCUGUGCCAUGAUGUAUGGAGGACGCUAAAGCUGUCUCUGCCUACACCAGCGUCCAGCAGGGGGUAAAAUACUUUCUUCUGGUCUUCGUUUUCUUAAGACUCUUUGCCUUAGCGUCCUAAUAUACCCUGAGCCCAAGCCAAACAGUCCCAAUUCUUCCCCAGCCUCUGCUUUGCACAUUUGUACCUCAGUAGCAGCUGCUCUCUGUUAUCUUCCACUGAAGCCUUGUGCAGGAGGAGCCAAGCUGAGAGACAGGGAUAUUUAUAAAUAGAAAGUGGGUGUAAAGUUCUGCAAAUGUUUUAAACCAAGGCUAACUCCAUCUCUCCUUCCAUUUGAGCUUUGAAAUUCUGUCCACCUCCUCAUCUUCCCCCUCUUUCCCCAAAGCCUAUGAAUUCCUGCCCUCUCCUUGACUAAGACCAUGGUAAACCUGGAAAGCAUGGUGGCCCAGAGAUGUGACCUGGAAAGAAGUGUGGGAAAUAGAAAUGGAUUCAUCACCUGUAGACAACUGUACAGAGGAAAGUCUAUUGAGAUAAAUGUGUUUGCCACCUAACAAUAGGAUAUUUAUUGGUGGCCUGCCACAUACCCUGCUCAUAUAUCCAUUAGCUUCAACCCAUAAAACAGCCAUUUUCAUCCCCUGGGUCUGCCCGCCUCUGCCUGGUUUCCCUUAGAUAGCCUCACUCCAUGUGACAACAUGCGAAAUGGCAGCUCCACUCACAUGGCUUCUUAAAGCUUGUAAUUCCAGAGAAUGAGCAAAUACCUCUUGGGGAAGCUCCAGCAAACAUCUCCUGGGGAACUCUGGCCUGAAACACAUCCACCUGUAAACCAGUGUGUCUGGACUACUGCAUUAUUCACUGGCCAGACCUGAGGCUCAGGCCCAGUCGGAAGGGGUCAGCAUCCAGGGUCAGCUCACUGGACCGUUAUACAUUGAGCUGGAGGGGCACGGUUCAUCAAAGGAAGGUUUGCGGGGCAAAGAUAUACUGCAGCCUGUUUAAAAGAAAUAGCUUGAAUAGAACAGGAAAGAAAGUAACACAGUCCAUCAAUAACAACCUCGGAAAAUCCAUGAACCUGGGAUGUUCACAGGUUGAUGUGUAUGGAAAUCUACUCACAGGUAUGUACAUUAUUAAUCACCCCAUCAACCAGAAAAUAGCCCCAUUUUUCAAGUGAGGAAAAAAUGAAACUCAGAGAUUUAAACAACUUGCUAGUAAGGGGCAGGGCACGAAUUUGGACCUGGAUAUGUUUGACUCCAAAUCCUGUGUGCUUUACACCACAGCGCACUACUAACCUGGGAGGGGCCAGACACGGAGCGUUGGGUGAGACAGAGAGAUGAGCUCUUGGAGGCCAUGUUCCGUGGGAGCCAUGCUCUGAGGGCAGGAUGGCACCGGGCUGGGAUACCGCCCCUGCCCUGGCAACCAGAGUCCUGCACAGCUACCAGCUGAGCAGCUGAGAAAUUCUUCACAUGAGUCAAGGACAGUUUCCUCUCUCAGUGGGAAGGAAAAGCGACCAGGGAGCUGCUCCCCCAACCUUCUGACCAGAAUUCUGAUCAGACCUUCUGAGAGAGAAUUGCCUGAUGCUGUGUCACAGGAACCACAGGAGAAAGUUAAAUCAAGAAGGAAGGGUGCGUGGAGCGUGGACUGAAUGGAUGAAAGAAUAAAUAGUCCUAGAAAACAAUUUGAAAAAUUAGAGUAAAAUUAGGAUCCCAAGUUUAGAGACUUUCAGUGGGAAUGUAUGUGGAACAAGAGGGAGAGGAAGCUCUAAAAUAGAAAACGAGGACAGCCCACUUGGAGAAAGUCCUCCUACCGAAAAGGGGGGCGCUGAAGAAAGCAACGUGGCUCUAUGGAGAGCUCUCUCUUAUCAGAAAUUAAAAGGCAGGGGAUAAGAAAUGGCAGGAAAGGUGAAGUCCUUGAUAAAUUGAGACUUGGAAAAGGUGUGGACGUCAUGAUUAUGUUCAGAGGAGGUACCAAGAGGCAUUAGAGAGGAUAGGGUUCCACUGGGGGACGAAGGUGUCAGAAAGCAGAAUACUCAGCUCUGAUUUUCUUCAUUCUCCAAGGAAAAGCAUUUCUGAACUGGGAUGAAUAAAGCAAAAAAAAAAAAAAAAAAAAAACCAAAAACACGUUUUAGAGGAAAUUGAAACCCCAGAUAGAUGAUAGUAAGAGAGGACUUAAGCACGUAGCCAUUAUUAAAAUAAGGUGCAAGCCCCAAGGUGUUGAAAAACCUUUGCAGUUUAGAUCCCAGAAUCCUUGCCAAUGCAGCUGAGAAAGCCCUGGAGAAAAGGAAGGGGGCCACAGUGCCCAAUGGCUGCAGAUGUCCUGAUAUUCAGAAAAGAAAAGGUAGAUUCUGGAAACUAGGUGGGAAUAUUUGAGGUAAAUUCCCCCCAAAAUUUAUUUUAGAAUAUAAAUACACUGAGUUUGAAAGCACCUUGAAAAAGAAUUGGUACCUUCACUAAGAACCUAAGAACAAGAUGCAGUGAAUAAUACAAAGAUCUAUUAUUUGUUUGGAAGGCUGCUAGGAGAAUUCCUUGGACAUAGUAGACCUUGUUUCCAGUUAGACAUCGAAUGCCUCCUGAUUGAGGAAACAACUAGGAAAAUAGUGAUCUCAGGAGAUUUCCCAGUUGGGUGGAUUCAUAGCCCAUUUAACCACUAUCCCCCUGGCCCCAGUUAGUUAUUCAGUUGAUGCAAAUCUGGAGAGAAGUCUCAAGUUCUAUGCUUCUAGACUCUGUAUUUGGUCAGCUGAGUAAUUAUCAGUGCCUGCCACACUCACCAUGUUUGCAGAUGGCACCACAAUUGAGAGCAAAAGCUAAUAUUUGAAUGUCAAAACCAAGAUUCUAAAGUGUCUUGAAACAGGGCUGAGCCAACAGGAUGAAUUUUUAAAAAGCGAAAGACCUGCAUUUAGAUUUUUUUUUCAAUCAGCCGCAUAGGCACAGGAUGAAGGAAGUGUGGUUUGACAGUGGUGCACGCGGAAAAAAGGCUGAGGGCUUUUAGCUGACCUCAGGUUGAUUAGAAACCAGUAAAAAUGGAGCAGCUGCUUAAAAAGAUAGUGGUCCUUCCUGCCCCUUUUUAUUUUAGGUACAAACUGAUGAAACAGUGAAAAGUGUGUCUCCCAUCACCAUUCUUCCUGGGAGGCACCCACUGGUAAAGGUUUCUAGUAGAUCCGCUGAGGUGUAUUCUAUGCACAUAAAAGCAAAUGCAUACUUUUUAACACAAAUAAUAGCAUGCUGUACACCUUGUUUUUCACUUAACAGUAAGCUUUAGAGAUUAUUUCAUAUCAUUACACAAAAUGAUUCCUCGUUCUUUUGUAAAGCGUUCAUAGCAUUCUCUUGUGUAUAUGUAUCAGAAUUUAUUUAAAGGGACCUCUGUGCUGGGCCUGCAGAUCGUUUCCAGGAUUGUGUUAUUACAGACAAUGCCUCAAUGAAUAACUUGUUUCAGACGUGUGGGCAUGGAUGUGAAGAACAGCUUUUUGAGAAGUGGAGUCACUGAAUGCAAGGAUGCACAUUUUUAAAUUUGGUAGAUAUUGUCCAACUGCCCAGUUGUGCCCGCUGACAAUGUAUGAAUGUCUGUUUUUCCACCUCCUCACCAACAGUGUGUUAUAAAUCGUACUGCUCUUGACAACCUGAGAGGUAAAAAAAAAUAAUGACCUCUUACUGUAAUUUUUUUCUAAUACUUAUUUGUAGUUUCUUUUUAAUUAACUGUUUAUAUACUUUAUCCAUUUUUUUCUACUGAGUUGUCUUUUCCUUAGUGCUCUUUAUAAAAGAAAUUUUCUCUUUGUGAUGUGUUAUAAAUGUGUUUUCCAGUUUGUAGUUUGUCUUUUGAUUGUGUUCUGGCUAUUUUGCCAUGUAAAUAUGUUUCCCUUUUAAGCUGUAGUAAAAUGUAUCCAUGUUUU